AAAUGAUGGAAAAUACUUUACAAGUUUUUUUACCUUUAAUUAGAUUUUUUAGUUUAUCAUCUAAAGAAUUUUUAUACAAAGUGAGUCCAUAUAAAAAAAUAUUAAACCAUCAGCUCUACAAAGAUUUAUUAAAUUCUCAUAUGGAUCCUGAUAUUGAACCAAAUAACAACAUUCCACUUCCCAGAAACUUAAAAAUAAGUAACGUUAUUGAAUCAAAUAUCGUUAAUUUAAAUAUAAUUUCGACUAUUUCAAGAUGGAUUGAUAAAAUUGAUUGUAAUAAUAAAUUUUCACUUCUGAGAGAAUUAUAUUUACAAUACAAAUUUAAAUUAUUAUUAAGAGGUAGUCGAGAUGGAUUUACUCCUAGAAAAUUUCAUGAAUUGUGUGAUAAUAAAUCUAAUACUGUUACAUUUAUUAAAGUUAAAGGAACUGAUGAGAUUCUAGGUGGAUAUAAUCCUUUAGUAUGGAAUUCUUCUAGUGGUUGGGGUCAAUCUUUAGAUAGUUUUAUAUUUUCUUUUAAGAAUAAAGAUUUAAUAUUAAGCUAUAUAAGCAAUAUGAAUCGUGCAAUAAAUUAUUAUAAAACUCAUGGUCCUUCAUUUGGUUAUGAUGAUCUUAAAAUAUCAUAUAAUGGUUGGUCUAAUGAUGUGGAUCCAUUUAAUUAUAAAAAAUGUAAACAAACAGAUUACGAGAAAAGGAUAAGAGAUACCGAAGAGUUUUUUGAUAUAGAAGAUUACGAGGUAUUUCAAAUCAUGAAAAAAUAAGAAAAUUUUUAUCUUAAAAACUACUCUAGUCUUAUGUUUAAGAUAAUUCAAAAAAAAAAGUAAAGAGAAUGAACUUUAAAAUAUAGUAAAAAGAUUUGGUAAUAUAGUUAUUUUUAAAAUCAAAUAAUAUUUAUCAUUUAAUAAAUCCUUCAUGAAGAUUAUAAAUUGUUACUUAUUUCAUUUUCAUAUAUAUAAAAAAAAUUUAUUAUUAU